CUUUUCUCUGUUGCUCUCCCCUCGGUUCUCCUACAUGUGCCCAUUCCUCAAAACUCUGUAAGUGUAUUAGAGAAGCUACAUUGCGUUUGUGAUGGCCGGUGGAGGGAAACCGACUCUUACUCCAAAGGCAAUUAUACAUCAGAGGUUUGGUGCUAACGCAAUCUACGAAAUUGAGGAAGUUCAUGACUCUGCUCAAAGUGGUUGCCCAGGGCUAGCAAUACCUCAGAAAGGUCCAUGUCUCUAUCGCUGCCAUUUGAAGCUACCGGACAUUUCAGUUGUAUCAAAUCUCUCCAAGAAGAAGAAGGAUUCCGAACAAUCUGCUGCUGAAUUAGCUCUCGAGAAGCUAGGCAUUCGUCCUCAGAAUGAUGAUAUCACCGUGGAGGAAGCUUGGGAUGACAUCACUGGACGCAUCAAGUAUAUAUUCUCUGAUGAGUUUCUUUCAGCUGAACAUCCUCUGGGAGCUCACCUUAGAGCGGCGUUGCGAAGGGAGGGCGAUUGUUGCGGCUCAGUUCCUGUUGCCGUCAUUGCUACAUUUGAUGCAAAGAUCAACAGCCGUUGUAAAAUCAUCGACCCUUCUGUGGAAUCAGAUCCUUCCUUGGUCAUUUCCUAUGUCAUGGAGGCUGCUGCAAAGUUGUCGGACUACAUUGUUGCAUCUCCGCACGCAGCUUCACUCCGGAGGAAAAGUCCGUACCCUCCAGAAGUUAUAGAAGCAGUAGCUACUACUCAUGCAUCUGAUUCACUAGAGAGCAGAGAAGUGGAGGCUGUAUAUAUACCAUGUGUCGGUAAGCAGAUUGUUGAGCCUGAUGCUCUUGAUUUUUCAUCAGGCCGGUAUUACUUGGAUGCUAUUGCUGAAAGGCUCUGCUUGAAAGAUGGCAGCCAAGUGAUGAUAUCCAGGACUCUUGGCAAAGCUUCCUGUGGCUCUGAGUGUAGAUUGUACUAUGCUAUUCCUAUGUUUAAGUCCUCGGAUAAUUCUUCGGAAACUAAUGAAAGUUCAGGUGAAGAGUUAUCUCGUACUAAAAAUCAUCGGAAUGCACGAGCAAGUUACAUUUGUGGUCAAGAUAUUCACGGAGAUGCAAUCUUGGCAUCUGUUGGUUACCGAUGGAAGUCCGAGGAUCUUGAGUAUGAUGAUGUAACUGUCAAGUCAUUUUACAGGAUAUGUUGCGGUAUGUCACCGAAUGGAAUAUACAAAAUCUCCCGAAAAGCAGUUAUCGCUGCGCAGUUGCCUUUUGCGUACACUACAAAGUCUAAUUGGAGAGGACCACUCCCCAGGGAGAUUCUCUGCAUGUUUUGCCACCAGCACCGACUAGCAGAACCUGUCUUCUCUGUAUCUUCUGCUCCUGUGAAAUCGUUGUCUGACAUAUACAGAUCUCACAAGAAGUUGAAGGUCUCAGGAACUGAUGAUGAGAACUCGAGGAAUGAAAAAGAGGAUACACUAGGGUUAGGACAUGGGUUUAGAUGUGGAGUGAAAGUUCUUACAAAGUCCCAGGAUUUGGUUUUAGAUUGUUCACCGAGAAAAAUGUAUGAGAAGGAAAACGAUGCCAUUCAACAUGCUUCAUUGAAGGCACUCUUAUGGUUCAGUAAGUUUUUCGAUGAUAUGGAUGUGGAUGGAUCAGAUACAGAUGACGACGAGGAUAUUAAAUCUCCAAGUACUGCUCCUUUUGCAGUCCCACCUAUUCUCGGAAAUGGAGACAGCUCAAGGACCACGAACGUACCAUCGGGAAAGAAGCGUGUUCAAUCUAUAACAAACGGUUCCGUGGUUAGCAUAUGCUAUUCUUUGUCUUUGGCAGUAGAUCCUGCGCAUUCGGGCGAUGAUUAUUGGAGUGAUGGUGAAUCUCCAAGAGAAGCCAUUGAAAGCAACGAAGAUAUAGAGUCUGAGGUGGAGGCUGAGUAUUCAAUAGAUCUCAUUGAAAGCAAUGAAGAAAUAGAGUUUGAGAUAGGAACUGGAGCGAUGCUGUCACAUAUUGAAAGAGCUGUUACUCAGUUGACUGUGGGUGAAUAUGCUUCUUUUAAUACGACACUGCCUUCUGCUGCUGAAGCUUUAUUUUUGGCUGUUGCCACUGAUACCGUGAGAACCCGUUGGCUCCUGUCAGAGCGUUCUCAUUUGGAUUACAGUAUACUUCUGUUGGGAGUGAAAGGGCCGACAGAAGAACGAAUGGAGGCGGCUUUUUUCAAACCUCCGCUUUCGAAACAGCGUGUUGAAUAUGCAGUGAAACAUAUAAAAGAAUCGUCAGCUUCUACUCUGGCUGACUUUGGAUGCGGUUCUGGAAGUUUACUAGACUCUCUACUUGACUAUCCAACUUCACUUCAAACAAUUAUCGGCGUUGACAUCUCACCCAAGGGUCUUGCCCGUGCUGCUAAGAUGCUACAUGUAAAACUAAACAAGGAAGCUUGCAACGUGAACUCUGCUACACUUUAUGAUGGUUCCAUCCUCGAGUUUGACUCCAGGCUACACGACAUUGACAUCGGCACUUGCUUAGAGGUCAUUGAACACAUGGAAGAAGAUCAAGCCUGUGAAUUCGGGGAAAAAGUUCUAAGCUUGUUCCGUCCCAAGCUCUUGAUUGUCUCAACACCAAACUUCGAGUACAACACGAUUCUCCAACAGUCUACACCAGUAACACAAGAAGAGAAGCACUCGGAAGAAAAAUCCGAGUCACAGCUUCCCAAGUUCAGGAACCACGACCACAAAUUCGAGUGGACAAGGGAACAGUUUAACCAGUGGGCUUCUAAGCUCGCCGAACGACAUAGCUACAGCGUCGAGUUCAGCGGUGUUGGUGGGUCUGGUGAAGUAGAACCCGGGUUUGCUUCUCAGAUCGCUGUUUUUAGACGGGAAGCUUCAUCUGAAGGUAAAGAAGUUGGUGUUGAGAAUGUUGCAGAAGGAUCGAUGCAGCCUUAUAAAGUCAUUUGGGAAUGGAGGAAAAGAGAUGAAGACAAGAAAGACUGAUGUUCAUCUAUAAAACUCAAAGCUUGUUUAGUUAUUUUGCCUUAGCUUUUGCAGUAUUAAGCUAACCUCGAUGUUUAAACGCAUCCAUAUCCCUCUAGGCUGAAAGAUGAAGUUUAAAAGUGUAUUAAUGGAAAUUACGCUUUUGCCCCAGCAUCAAAGUUUGUUUACAUUUUCCCGUAUUUUUUUUAGUCUUUGAAAAUUUAAAGUCUCUGUUCUUCUGCG